AUGUCAUUGUGGGUCGACAAGUACAGACCGAAAAAGCUUGAGCAGCUAUCUUUCCACCACAGCACCACAGAGCACCUCAGAGCGCUCGCAAGCACAGGAGAUUUCCCCCACUUGCUUGUGUAUGGCCCCACGGGAGCAGGCAAGAAGACCAGAAUCUAUUCCACACUCAAUGAGCUUUUUGGAGCUCAAACAGAAAAAUUAAAAAUCGAUGUUAAGACGUUCACAACAACAUCCAACCGUAAAUUGGAGUUCAAUGUGUUAUCCUCGCCAUAUCACAUGGAAAUCACCCCCUCAGACAUGGGCAACAACGACCGUGUGGUGAUCCAGGACUUGCUUAAGGAAGUAGCUUCGACGGAGCAAGUUGACUUCUCGAACCAGGGCAAGAACGGCCCAAAACACAGGUUCAAGGUUGUUAUCAUCAAUGAGGCAGACUCCUUAUCGAGAGACGCUCAGGCGGCGUUAAGAAGAACGAUGGAGAAGUAUUCCUCGAAUAUUCGUAUAAUCAUGGUGUGCAACAUGAUAUCCAGUAUUAUUUCACCGAUCAAGUCGAGAACGUUUUUGGUGCGUGUAGCGGCGCCCUCAACAAAGGACAUCGCCGAUAUCUUGGGAAACAUUGCUAAGAAGGAACUGGUGAAAUUCACUUCUGACGAUGAGGUUGCUAAGCAAAAAUAUCUUGAAGCAGUGGCUGCCAGUUCAGGACGCAACUUGAGAAGAGCGUUGUUAAGUUUCGAGACGUUGGCCAUGCAACAAGACGUUUUGGAUGUGAACAACUUGGAAGCAACGGCAGUAGCUCUUGAUUGGGAGAGCAUAAUUAUCAACAUGGCCCGUUCGGUCAUGCAGAACAAAACGGUGGCCAAUUUGGGCAAACUACGUAUGACUUUCUACGAAUUGCUCUCCCACUGCAUCCCUGCCCGUCUCAUUUUGAAGGAAUUGGCCAUGCAUAUCAUGCGUGCUCUAGGUAACGACACCAAGCGGGUAGUAGCGGUGAUUGAACUUGCAGCGGUGUUUGACGAGAGAUUGAGUUUAGGGCUGAAGGCGAUUUUUCAUUUGGAAGGUUUUGUCGCUAAAACGAUGGUUGCAUUGAGCUAA